AUGCGCCUCACCGUAACGGUCUACGAUACCAAUAAUGGUAAGGUGGAUCUCGAAAUCACGGGUCCUGAAGGCUGCUCCGAUUGCGGCGUUGACACCAUUGGCAACGUUAUUCCAUGGGCGGCUAAAGGUAACAAGCCUAGAUGCUUUGACGACAAGAGAACUUGGGACCUUACCGUGGGUGGAGACGGUCAAGUCUCAGCGGUUGUCACUUGGGGUGGUGUGAAAUAUAACGUCAACAGGGUUGAUGCAGGAAAUAUGAAUGGCAAGGCAGCUAGAAUUACAACUUACAAUAUGCCGUUCAAAUAUAGUAUUACGUUGAUGUUCAAACAAUUCGGAAAUUUUGUGAAUAACUACAGUGAAAGUAGUGUAGAAAAUUCUGGAGCGGAGGACUCAAAAAUAAUUAAGAAAGGAUCUUUGUCAAAGUCUUAG